AUGAACAUGAACAAGGGCCUGUUGUUCAUUUUCUCUGCAUUUCUCUUCUUUGGAGCAGUUUUCUUGCCAAUCGCUGCUGACCCAGUUGAAGAUAAACAAGCUUUAUUAGAUUUCCUUCGCCAUAUUCAUCACUCACACACUGUCAACUGGAAGGAGAACACUUCUGUGUGCAAUAACUGGACUGGAGUGUCCUGUAGCAAUGAUCACUCUAGAGUUACAGCCCUCAGGUUGCCCGGAGUAGGAUUUCGUGGCCCAGUUCCUUCCAACACUCUUGGUCGUUUGUCAGCAAUUCAGAUCCUAAGCCUCAGAUCUAAUGGUAUAUCAGGUUCUUUCCCUUAUGCUGAAUUCUCCAAACUCAAAAACUUAACCAUCCUUUUCCUUCAAUCCAAUGACUUCUCUGGCCCAUUGCCUUCAGAUUUCUCAGUUUGGAAUAAUCUCGUUAUCCUUAAUCUUUCUAAUAACGGCUUCAAUGGGAGCAUUCCUCCUUCAAUAUCAAAUUUGACUCACCUCACAUCUUUGAACCUUGCUAACAACUCCCUCUCAGGCGAUAUUCCUGAUAUAAAUGUUCCCAGUUUACAACACCUUGAUUUAACCAACAAUAAUUUUACUGGAAGUGUGCCUAAGUCUCUUCAUAGAUUUCCAAGUUCUGCAUUUUCCGGUAACAAUCUUUCUUCAGAAAAUGCCCUUCCUCCAGCUCUUCCAGUUCAUCCACCAAACUCUAAACCAUCAAAAAAAUCCUCAAAACUAAGUGAACCUGCAAUAUUGGGGAUUGCCAUAGGUGGCUGUGUACUAUUGUUUGUGGUUAUUGCUGUUUUGAUGUUUUUCUGCCACUCUAAGAAACAAAGAGAAGGUGGGUUAGCAACAAAGAAGAAAGAAGGGUCUUUGAUGAAAACAGCUUCGAAGAGCCAAGAGCAGAACAACAGGCUAUUCUUUUUCGAGCAUUGUAGUCUUGCAUUUGACUUGGAGGACUUGUUGAGAGCUUCUGCAGAGGUGCUUGGGAAGGGAACGUUUGGGAUAGCUUAUAAGGCUGCGCUCGAGGAUUCAUCCACAAUAGUGGUGAAGAGGUUGAAGGAAGUGACAGUGCCAAAAAAGGAGUUUGAGCAGCAAAUGAUAGUGGUUGGAAAUAUUAGGCAUGUGAAUGUGUCUCCAUUAAGGGCAUAUUACUAUUCCAAGGAUGAGAGACUUAUGGUCUAUGAUUUCUACGAAGAGGGCAGUGUGUCUGCAAUGCUACAUGGUAAGAGAGGGGAGGGCCAGACUCCGAUAGACUGGGAAACACGGCUGAAAAUCGCCAUUGGUGCAGCAAGGGGCAUUGCUCAUAUCCACACACAGAAUGGUUGCAAACUUGUCCAUGGAAACAUAAAAUCCUCUAACAUUUUCCUCAAUUCCCAAGGAUAUGGCUGUGUAUCCGACAUCGGUUUGGCCCCGUUGAUGAGCCCGAUGUCGCCACCGAUGAUGAGGGCGGCAGGCUAUCGUGCCCCGGAAGUAACAGACACUAGGAAAGCAACCCCUGCAUCUGAUGUCUACAGCUAUGGGGUCUUGCUGCUUGAGCUUCUCACAGGGAAAUCCCCCAUGCACGCCGUGGGUGGGAAUGAGGUCGUUCACUUGGUGAGAUGGGUAAAUUCCGUGGUAAGAGAGGAGUGGACUGCUGAAGUUUUUGACGUAGAGCUUUUAAGGUAUCCAAAUAUUGAGGAGGAAAUGGUUGAGAUGCUACAAAUAGGACUGGCUUGUGUGGUGAGGAUGCCAGAGCAAAGACCCAAAAUGCCUGCCGUCGUGAGAAUGGUGGAGGAAAUUCGGGCAGUAGGCACCGAAAACCGGCCGUCCACUGAGAGUAGAUUAGAAAUUGCAGCUGCAACCCCAUCACCGCAGGCAGCUGAAGUAGGUACUUCCUCUUCUGCUCAACCGUAA